GUUUGUGUGAUUUUGCUGGAUUCUUCAACCACUGGGGUCAUUUAAAAUAGCAUCGUGUGGUCCAAAGCAAUGUGACUGGCAGCAGAGGCCUGAGGUCAGUGACUCAAGGGAAGAGAACCUCAAGAUGUGAGAUGAAUGUGUUUACGUUUUCAGGACCCAGUGGCCUUUGAGGAUGUGGCUGUGAACUUUACCUUGGAGGAGUGGGCUCUGCUGGGGCCUUCACAGAAGAAACUCUACAGAGAUGUGAUGCGGGAAACCUUGAGGAACCUGGCCUCAAUAGGGGGAAAAUGGGAAGACCAUAACACUGAAGAUCAGUACAAAAACCAGGGAAGAAAUCUGAGAAGUCAUACAUUACAGAGACGCUGUGAAAGUGAAGAAGGUAGUCAAUGUGGUGAAAACAUCAGCCUUAUUCCAAAUCUUAAUCUGAACAAGAAAAAUUCUACUGCAGUAAAACCAUGGGAGUGCAGUGUGUGUGGAAAAGUCUUCAUGAGUCGUUCAUCCUUUAAUAGGCACGUUAGAUCUCAUACUGCACCCAAACCAUCCAGGUAUCAGGAAUAUGGAAAGAAGCCUUAUAAAUGUAAGAAGAGCCACCUUCCAUUUUCCUUGCUAAUAAAUAGCUGGCAUAAAUUUAUGCCUCCACAAGUUCCACAGCAAAGAUCCCUCACAGUUUGGAUUUUCCUGCAAGUCCUCAUGUGUCCACCAGGCAACAAAUUUAGACUGCUGUGGUUGAGAACGUUUUGUGAAGCACUGACUCACCUCUUCUCUAUAUUGUAUUUGUAUAAGGUCUAAUUUGUAUAGUAAACACAUUGUUCUGUUGAUAUUGCUAGUGACUGUGUGUUCCUGAUUCCACUAUAGCAGCUACAGUGGUGCAGUCAGAAGAAACCAUGUGGUUCUGUAGUGAGUUCCUCUACUUCUGUGGCCCAAUCCUUCCAUGUGAGAAUUAGCACCUUCCUCUUAUCAGAUAGACUGUGGAUAUUUCCAAUUACUCACAAUUGAACGUAACUCCUCAGUACAUUUUCAGUUAUGAUUGAUAUGUGAUUGAAAACAAUGUUCUUUUUUUGUCAAAUGCUUCUAUAGAUUUUUCUUAGAAAUGUUUUAUUAACUCUUUCAAAAAAACUUGUAUACUAACAAAUAUUAUCUUUUCCAUUUCC